AUGCCGAGCAGUCAGAGCGGCGGCCCGCAGCCGCUGGCCUCUUUGACGGCCGUCGCGGCAAGUGAUGUCGUGGCACCGCAACAGUUAUCUCAAUCGAUCGCAACAACCACCACCGCAGCAGCAACAGUAGCAGCGGCGGCGGCGAAUAAUGCCAACAUCAACAUUAAUAAUACUGAUAAGAAUAACAAUAAUAACAACAACAACAAUAAUAAUAAUAAUAAUAAUAAUACAAAUUCUAAGACCACAGCGGCCUUGGAAAAUGCUCGACUGCAUCCGCGUUGUGCACUCUUUCGUCCAUCCGUCGCGCUAUCGCAGGAAAUUAUGCCACUGUACAGACUUAUUAACAGCAAAUAUAGUGAGGAACGUCGGUGUCGGCAGCCCGGUCCAAAGUAUAAUGAUGGCUAUGAUGAUCGACAUGGGCAUUAUCUUGUCUUUACAGGUGAGGUCAUAUGGGGACGGUACACAGUACAAGGGAUACUUGGUCGUGGUAGCUUCGGUACUGUGUUGAAGUGCUUUGAUGAGAAGCAUCAAGAGCAGGUUGCGGCAAAGGUGAUUCGUAGUGGGGAAUACUUCUACAAUCAAGGACUCAUGGAAGUAGACAUUGUAGCGAGGCUUAAUAGUGUGCCUUCUUUAGAGAACCUUGUUGUGCGUCUUGGUAAAGUGUUUGUUUGGAAGGGUCAUCUUGUUCUGGUGUUUGAGAUGCUAAGUAUGAAUCUUUUUCAGUUGAUUCAACGUACAAAUUACAACGGUGUGAGUCUUGAUCUAACCAGAAAGUUUGCCUAUCAGUUGAUAUUGGUGCUAAAACAGUUAGAGGAGCAUAAUCCGCCCAUUAUUCAUUGUGAUGUAAAGCCGGAGAAUGUGGUGCUGCGGGAUCCAAGUAGAAGCUCCAUUCGUUUGAUUGACUUUGGCAGUGCCUGUUACCUGCACCAAGGGGCCAAGUUGUAUAAAUAUGUUCAAUCGAGGUUUUACCGUAGUGUGGAGGUAAUCCUGGAACUUGGCUACGACACCGCCAUUGACCGCUGGUCGCUUGGUUGCAUGCUUGUGGAGUUGCACACGGGUGUCCCGCUUUUUGCUGGAAAGAACGAGGCCGAACAAGUUGCCCGCUUCAUUGGUGUGCUUGGGCCUUUGCCUGACGAAAUGAUUGAGAGAAGCCCAAAGAAGGAUUUCUUCUUUGUGGACUCCCGACAGACACAGCAGGAGGCCUUUUUGCAACACUCCACAGGCGUGGGAGAAGGAGGCCCUGUCAUGACGGAUCAAACGCAGCGACGGGAGCAUGCCGCGUCCCCGUCUCCAGUCAUCGCAGCAGAGGUACUGCAUAGUUUAUCGGCAACAUCGUCCAUCUCUGUCGUCACCGCUGCAUCUACGGCACCGGCAUGUUCUUACGUCGGUCACUCGGAUGUCGCAGCCAGAGCAGUGGCAACUCCACCACAUUCUCAGCAGCAACAGCAAUUGACAGCAGAGGCUAUAGGAGAAGCAACGGAUGGACGGCAAGCAUAUCGAAACUCUUUCCCCACACCUGGUAACAAUGUAUGUGCCAACAACAAUAACAACAACACGGUAGCUGUACCUGCGCUGCGCCGACCAAAAACGGCUCUCUCGACGGCAUUAUCUGCGAAGAAGGAUGUUAUAGGACACACGACGAUAGGUGCUGCUGGCGGUGGGGGAGGAGUGGGAUCGUUUGCUCCUGCAGUAACGAGAAGAGGCAAGCACGCCACAUCUGGGAAUUCAUCGCAACAGAAGACACAUCUUGGUGCCAAUGCAACGGCUGCCAUCCCAAUGACGACAUUGCCGACUCGAUCGUCCGCGGCAGUGCGAGCGUCAACCUUCACGCCAAGGCCCCGACUGACCUCAGCGAGUCAUCCUAUUGCGCACAACGAGGGGUCAUUGCCCUCCUCUGCACGGGGGACUCGUGCGGGUGUGCAACAGGCGGCAGCGGCAGCGGAGCCACCACAACAAUCGGGCGCCACUGCACCGUCCAAGAGCCCGUUUGUCAUCCGCUAUCCGCCUGCGCCCGAGCAUUAUCAGAGCCUUGAGGAAACCAUUGGAGUUUACUCGGGUGGACCGCGAGGGUGCCGUCAGGGGCAGGCGGGACAUGGUGUAGAGGACUACAAGGUGUUUUUGGAUUUCGUCCAGCGUUUGCUUUGCUACGAUCCACGAAAACGCAUGAGUUGCACCGAAGCAUUGCAGCAUCCUUUUCUAUCAGAGUUAGAGGUGCAGAAGCAGUGGAAGACUUGA